UUUCAUUCGGAAUGAUGAUUGCCGCACAGUGGAUAGCAUUAUGUACUUUGCUGCUGUUCCAUCAGGGAUCGGGGAUAUUUUUGGAGCGCAAUUGUGGAGUCGCUGACUCAUCGGUAAAUCACACUCCUUGGCUAGCCCUUAUUAAGAGUAAGGCUAACAAUAAAUUUAUAUGUACCGGAACACUUAUUAAUAAACGAUAUGUCCUGACAACGGCGAGUUGCCUAAACAACCAACACGAAUUGUUCGUUUGUUUGGGGAAAUGCGACAGAUCGUUGGAAAAUAAUAGUUCUGAAAUAAUCGACGGUACACUGGCCCACGUUCACGAGUCCUAUUUGUCAAGUAGUCAUCAAAAUGAUAUUGGUUUGCUUGGGUUACGGACGGAUGUCGAGUACAAGAAACAUAUAAGACCGAUAUGCAUCGUAGUGAACCCCCAAGAGAUUUGGCCAAAGUCAAAACAGACCAACUUGUGGUCCGGCAUUAAAUCUGUACCAAAAUCAUUUGACUUGGCUUGUGGAGGUUUGCCAUGCAAGUCCGUUGGGAAUCCUUUGAGCAUACCAUACAAAUCUCAAAAAGUCCAACAUGGCAUCUUAAGCUAUAGAAAUGAUACAACAUUUGCUUAUGUUUACACAAAUGUUAAGGUCCACGCCGACUGGAUUGUACCACGUGCUCUGGAUAUCGAUAUUGUGUUUCCGAAAUAGUGGAUACAGGAAAUUCAUAUAAUUUGUCGUAUUGCUUAAUAUUAUAAUAAAUAAUGCUAAUAUAUAA